ACCCCCCUUUUGCUUUCACAGUUAUAUAUCUUGUACUCUCAGAAAAUCCCCGAUUUUCCCUCGCUCUGAAUUCGAAACCCUAGCUUUUGAUCGUCAAAUCAAUUAGCAAAUCGUCUGAUUCACUGCUAUUUCAUCAUGAUUCCGUUGGCGCAAAGAUUCUCAACUGAAAUUCGGCUGUUGUUCGAGAGCUUGAACGAUUCCAAUUUCGACUCCGUUCUUCGCGAACUCUCUCAGUAUGUUGAUUAUGGAACGGAGGGAAGUGUUUUGCUUCUAGAGACCUGCUUGGACCACUUUAAUGUAUAUGAGAAGGACUUGAAAAGUACUCGUCUGGAACCUGUAGUUGCUUCACUUUUUAGAAAAAUGCUGGAAAAGCCGCAGUUUAGUACUGUAUUCUCUGUGUCAGUAAGGCCAACAGCAAUCACUGAAGAAUUUCUGGAUAAUCUAUCUAUUGCGCUACAGUUAUCGGCAUAUGAGAAACUUGGAUUUGGCCUAGCUUUGACAGAUUCGGAAAACAAUGACAUUAGAAUGGCUGGAAGGAACUUCUGUAUGGGAAAGAUUGAGGAAUUGUUUGCUACCCAUACCUCUUUGCAUACCGCUGACUGUGUUCAGGAUAUAUUGCUGUUUCUUAAUAAAUCUGAAGUCCUUUCUAAACAUGUGGAUUCAUUUAUGCAAUUGUUAUCUCUGGUUCAGUUCGAUAAGGAUUCGGGGUUUAUUUUAGCUCCUCUCCUUUCAGAUGAACUGCAAGACUCCAAGUUAUUGAGCGAUAUCGAUUUUCUUAGUGAAGGCAAUGAUGACGAAUUUGAUGCUAUCCUAGCAGAAAUGGAGAAGGAGAUGAGCAUGGCGGACAUGUUGAGAGAAUUGGGUUAUAAGUGCACAUUAGAUGUAUCGCUGUGCAAAGAUUUGUUAUCUUCAUUCUCACCGCUAACUGAAAUCACUGUUGCUAGGAUACUAGGCACAAUUGUCCGAUUUGAUGCCGGUCUUCAGGACCAUGAAAAUGCAUUUUCAACAUUUUGUUCUGCUCUUGGUAGAGGGAGUCUGUCCGAUAUGUCAUCAUUGAACUCCUGGAACACUGAUGUCCUUAUAGAAUCAAUUAAGCAGCUUGCUCCUGGAAUCAGCUGGACCACUGUAAUUGAGAAUCUUGAUCAUGAGGGUUUUUACAUCCCCGACGAGGCAGCAUUUUUGCUAUUGAUUUCCUGUUACAGACAUGCAUCUCAGGAUCCUUUUCCACUGGCUGCUGUUUGUGGCAACAUUUGGAAAAACACCGAGGGGCAGCUGUCAUUUCUGAAGUGUGCUGUUUCUGUACCACCUGAAGUAUUCACAUUUGCACACUGUGAAAGACAAGUGGCAUAUGUUGAUAUAGCCAAUAAUCACAAGUUUCAAUCUGGUCAUGCAAAUCAUGCAUGGCUAUGCCUCGACCUUUUGGAGGUCUUGUGCCAGCUAGCUGAGAGAGGGCUUGCAAAUUCUGUGCGGUUGCUGCUUGAACAUCCUCUUAGGAAUUGUCCCGAAGUGUUGUUAUUUGGGAUGGCCCAUGUUAAUACACCAUAUAAUCUCAUCCAACAUGAAGUUUCUUCGGUUGUUCUUCCUAUGAUACUUAAAGAUGCUUCUUUGGGUGGCAUUCUGCUCCAUCUUUGGCAUGUAAACCCUCCCUUUUUGUUGAGAGCUCUAAAUGACACACUCAACAUGGAUGCAGAUAACACAAACAGAGUAUUGGAUAUAUUCCAGGAGUUAAAGAUUGUAUCUCCUGUAUUGGAUAUGGUACCUAUGUAUUUGGGUAUCAGGCUGGCUGCCCUGGCUUCUCGAAAAGAGCUCGUAGAUCUGGAGAAGUGGUUGAGCAUGAAUUUAAGCACUUACAGAGAUACUUUCUUUGAGGAGUGCCUCCGAUUUCUGAAGGAGGUGGAGUUUGGUGCUCAUGAAUCUUCCAAUCGGUUGCAUAACUCCAGUAACAUCUGGAGUCUUUAUAUGGAGACUGCUCCUGUGUUUUUAAAGGUCCUUCAAUCGCAUACAAGCUUGCUAUCCUCAAAUCAACUUUCUAAGGAAAUGGAAAGAUUACAUUUGAAGUCUACGAACAAUAGUUCAAGGAUGAAGAACAAUGGUGGUCCUGAUUCGUCAACAUCUGAAGUGUAUGCAGAUGAUAUAGAGACAGAGGCCAACUCUUAUUUCCAGCAAAUGUUCUCUGGUGUGUUGACGAUUGAUGCAAUGGUUCAAAUGCUAGCCCGAUUUAAGGAAUCUUCUGAAAAGAGGGAACAAUCAAUAUUCGAGUGCAUGAUUGCCAACCUGUUUGAAGAGUACAAGUUCUUCAACAGAUACCCGGACAGACAACUUAAACUUGCUGCCGUUCUCUUUGGAUUGCUUAUUAAGAAUCAACUUGUGACUCAUCUGACACUGGGUAUUGCCCUACGAGCUGUUUUGGAUGCAUUGCGCAAACCUGCGGAUUCCAAAAUGUUUGUUUUUGGUACAAAAGCUCUGGAGAAGUUUGUGGAUCGCCUGAUUGAAUGGCCACAAUACUGCCAACAUAUCUUACAAAUAUCACAUCUACGUGGUACUCAUUCAGAGCUUGUUGCUUUCAUUGAAAGGGCGCUUGCCAGAAUUUCAUCAGGCCACCCAGAAUCAGAUGCAGGCCACAAUCCUGCUGCCGACCAACACCAUAAUUCUAUCCCGCAAGCAAAUAUCGAGAUGGCGGCUUCAUCUUUCCCUUUGAUUGGAUCUGGUGGUGGACAGCUUGGUUCUCAAAUACCUUCUCCAAUCCAGCUUCAGCAGAGGAACCAGAGUUAUUUAGAUGAGAGACACAGAGCCUCUGUAACUUCGUCCAAUUAUAUGAAGCCAAACUUAACUAACGCAGGGCAAGUCUCAGUUGCUCCAGCAAGUGAACCUGUUAGCAUCCCAAAGCCACAGAGCGUUGUUAGUUCUUCAGCAGCGUUGGCUUCCUCUCCUGCAUUUGUUCGGCCAUCUCGUGGUUCUUCAGCAAGGUUUGGUUCUGCAUUAAAUAUUGAAACACUUGUUGCUGCUGCUGAACGCAGAGAAACUCCCAUAGAGGCCCCACCAUCAGAAACUCAGGAUAAGAUCUCAUUUAUCAUCAAUAAUUUAUCGGCUGCCAAUAUUGAAGCUAAAGCAAAGGAAUUCACAGAAAUUUUGAAAGAGCAGUACUAUCCUUGGUUUGCACAGUACAUGGUCAUGAAAAGAGCGAGCAUUGAACCAAACUUUCACGACUUGUACUUGAAGUUCCUUGAGAAAGCCAACUCAAAACCUCUAAACAGAGAGAUUGUUCAAGCCACAUAUGAGAAUUGCAAGGUUCUUCUAGGAUCUGAACUUAUAAAGUCUAGUUCGGAAGAGCGUUCGUUGCUGAAGAAUCUUGGAGGCUGGCUGGGGAAGAUCACGAUUGGUAGAAACCAUGUUCUGCGUGCUAAAGAGAUUGAUCCAAAGGCCUUAAUUAUUGAGGCAUACGAAAAGGGUUUAAUGAUUGCGGUGAUUCCAUUUACCUCCAAGAUUUUAGAGGCAUGCCAAAGCAGUCUAGCAUAUCAACCUCCUAAUCCUUGGACCAUGGGAAUUCUUGGAUUACUUGCUGAAAUUUAUGCAAUGCCGAAUCUCAAAAUGAAUCUCAAGUUUGAAAUUGAGGUCUUGUUCAAGAAUCUUAAUGUGGAUUUGAAGGAAGUUACCCCAACAUCCCUUCUUAUGGACAGAGUGAGAGAAAUUGAAGGAAACCCUGAUUUUUCUAACAAAGAUGUUGGGUCGGCCCAACAACCAAUGGUUGGGGAAGUUAAAUCUAGCAUGAUAUCUACUCUGAAUCAAGUUGAAUUACCACUUGAAGUUGCCAGUUCAUCUCAUCCUGGCAGUCAUUCACGUAUAUUGUCCCAGUAUGCUGCUCCUCUCCAUCUUCCUGCUGCUACCUUAAGCGAGGAUGAGAAGAUGGCAGCUUUAGGCUUAUCUGAUCAGCUUCCAUCUGCUCAAGGACUUCUACAAGCGCAGUUGCCGUUUUCAGUUGGUCAGCUGCCAGCAUCAAAUAUUGACCAACAAGUUAUUGUUAACCCCAAGCUUCAAGCUCUGGGCCUGCAUUUGCACUUCCAGAGUGUGCUCCCAAUGUCCAUGGAUCGGGCUAUCAAAGAAAUAGUUUCUAGCAUUGUGCAGCGUAGUGUUUCUAUAGCAACUCAAACAACAAAGGAACUUGUCUUAAAGGACUACGCUAUGGAGUCUGAUGAGAGCCGUAUACAUAGUGCAGCUCACUUGAUGGUUGCAAGUUUGGCUGGAAGUUUGGCUCAUGUGACAUGCAAGGAACCUCUUCGUGGUUCAAUAUCAAGUCAGCUAAGAAACAAUCUUCAGACUUUUAAUAUUGCCAGUGAACUGUUCGAACAUGCAAUUCAGCUUGCUACUAAUGACAACCUUGACCUGGGCUGUGCAUUAAUUGAACAGGCGGCAACAGAGAAGGCUGUACAAACAAUAGAUGGCGAACUUGCACCACAACUUUCGAUAAGAAGGAAGCAUAGAGAAGGGGUUGGACCUGCCUUUUUUGAUGCAAGCCUGUAUACACAAGGUCAUGUAGGUGUUCUACCAGAAGCUCUGCGUCCUAAACCUGGCCGCUUAUCCCAUUCUCAACAGCGGGUCUACGAGGAUUUUGUUCGGUUACCCUGGCAAAAUCAAUCCAACCAAAACUCAAAUGCUGUACCUCUUGGUCCUUCGGCUCCCCAAGGAAGUGGUGCUCUACACCGGGGAUAUGGCUCAGCUUCAGGGCAACUAAACCCUGGAAUUUUCUCAUCUAGCCUGGGAAAUUCUGGUAUUAAUGCUGUCGCACACUCCUUGGAUCCUGAAGAUAUAGAGCCUAGUUCAGUAAAACUCCUUAGUGCUUCUUCGGUACAUAGUGGGAUGGCUGGUGGUAUUGGUCCACACAAUUUUGAGAAUGAAGCUGUUCUUUCCUCAUUUUCUUCGGUGUCAGCUCCUGAAUUGCACAUAACAGAAUCUUCCAAUGUUACCAAAGAAUCGGGAGCUUAUGCACAGCCUUUGCCUUCGCCUUCAGCUGCAGCUUCAGAUCGCAUUAUAAGUACCACUGCAGAACCUUCAUUGACUACUGGGGAUGCAUUGGAUAAAUACCAGAUUAUCUCAGAGAAGCUGGAAUCUCUGAUAGCAAAUGAUGCUAAAGAAACAGAAAUUCAGUCUAUUAUUGCCGAGGUUCCUGGGGUCAUUCUUAAAUGCAUUAGUCGGGAUGAGGCUGCCUUGGCUGUGGCUCAGAAGGUCUUCAAAGGCUUAUAUGAAAAUGCAGCGAACGCCGCACAUGUUGGUGCUCAUCUUGCCAUGUUGGCUGCGAUUCGUGAUGUUAGCAAGCUUGUGGUGAAGGAACUGACUAGUUGGGUAAUAUAUUCUGAUGAAGAUAGGAAGUUCAACAAAGAUAUUACCAUUGGCUUAAUUCGCAGAGAGUUGCUGAACCUUGCCGAGUAUAAUGUUCAUAUGGCCAAGCUUCUUGAUGCGGGAAAGAACAAGGUGGCAACAGAAUUUGCAAUUUCCCUCAUCCAAACAUUGGUGGCUAGUGAUGCCAGAGUAAUAUCUGAACUUCAUAAUCUUGUUGAUGCAUUGGCAAAGCUUGCAACAAGGCCUGAUGCUCCUGAGGCUCUUCAACAGCUUGUUGAAAUUGCUAGGAACCCAGCAGCUUCCUCUGGCUUUUCAGCUGGCAAGGAUGAUUUGAUCAGGCAACCAAAAGACAAAAAGGUGGCUAACCAUCCUGUAGCAAACAGGGACGACAGCACUGCUUUGGAAUCUUCUGAACCAGAUCCUGCUGGUUUCCAUGAGCAGGUUUCUAUGCUAUUUGCUGAAUGGUACCGGAUAUAUGAACUCCCUGGUGUCAACGAUGCAAUAUCUGCGCGUUUUGUUCUACAACUGCAGCAAAAUGGGUUGUUGAAAGCAGAUGAUACAUCUGACCGCUUUUUUCGCCGUCUCCUGGAUGUUGCUGUAUCACACUGUAUAUCGUCUGAAGUGAUCAAUUCUAACUCUCUCCAAUCCCAUCAGCAAGCACAGUCAUUAUCUUUCCUUGCUAUUGAUAUGUAUGCAUCACUGGUCUUUUCGAUACUGAAGUUCUCCCCUGUUGACCAUGGAUUAAGCAAGCUGUCACUUCUGUCGAAGGUGUUAGCAGUGACUGUGAGAUUCAUUCAGAAGGAUGCAGAGGAGAAGAAAACAUCGUUCAAUCCUAGGCCAUAUUUCAGGUUAUUCAUUGAUUGGCUGCUUGACCUUAGCACCCUGGAUCCUGUUUUUGAAGGCGCAAACUUUCAGGUUUUGACAGCUCUAGCAACUUCUUUUCAUGCCCUGCAGCCUCUGAAAGUUCCUGCAUUCAGCUUUGUAUGGCUUGAGCUAGUAAGUCACAGAAGUUUCAUGCCGAAACUGCUCAGUGGAAAUGCUCAGAAGGGGUGGCCAUAUUUCCAACGCUUGCUGGUAGACUUGUUCCAGUUCAUGGAGCCUUUCUUGAGGAAUGCUGAACUUGGGGAGCCGGUUCGUUUUCUGUACAAAGGCACACUCAGAGUGCUGUUGGUGUUGCUUCAUGAUUUUCCAGAGUUCCUUUGUGAUUAUCAUUUCAGUUUCUGUGAUAUCAUUCCUCCAAGCUGCAUCCAGAUGCGGAAUAUAGUACUCAGUGCGUUUCCACGCAACAUGAGGCUACCUGACCCGUCCACUCCCAACUUGAAGAUUGAUCUGCUGGCUGAGAUUAGUCAAUCGCCCCGCAUUCUUUCAGAGGUCGAUGCAGCUUUGAAAGCCAAGCAAAUGAAAAGUGAUGUGGAUGAGUAUCUUAAGACGAGGCCACAAGGAACUUCAUUUCUUUCUGAAUUGAAGCAGAAACUACUUCUUUCACCAAAUGAGGCUGCAAGAGCUGGAACACGAUACAACGUGCCUUUGAUGAACUCCCUUGUACUUUACGUUGGAAUGCAGGCGAUCCAGCAGCUGCAGGCAAGAACUCCUCAUGGACAGUCAAUGGCAAGUAAUGCUUCACUGGCUAUCUUCUUGGUGGGUGCUGCUUUAGAUAUCUUUCAAACGCUAAUACUGGAGCUAGAGACGGAAGGACGUUACCUCUUUUUGAACGCCGUUGCAAACCAACUGCGCUAUCCCAACAACCACACACAUUACUUUUCCUUCAUCCUUCUUUACUUGUUCUCCGAAUCGAACCAGGAAGCAAUCCAGGAACAGAUCACGAGAGUUCUAUUGGAGCGAUUGAUCGUUAACCGACCACACCCUUGGGGACUUCUAAUCACCUUCAUUGAGCUAAUUAAGAACCCUAGGUACAACUUCUGGAGCCGAUCUUUCACAAGGUGUGCUCCAGAGAUCGAGAAACUGUUUGAGUCGGUUUCAAGAUCGUGUGGCGGCCCAAAACCCGUGGAUGACAAUGUGGUUGCUGAUACCAUGCACUAGUUGUUUAAAUUUGUGUUGAUGUAAAUAGAUAGCAAGUAUGUUUUGAGGCCAAUUACUAGUGUUUUAGACAUCCAACACUUUCUAUUUCUGCAUAUUAUUCUUCCUCUUUGAGGGAAUAUUUGUUUUUACCAAAUACCUUUUUGUAAGCCUGUGUACAUGCUCAGCUACUUGUAUGCUUAUUUAAACAUGCCUCUUUUAUCUUUUGAAAA